UUAUCAACAUGAUAUAAGUGAUACACCCAUACCCGGGUAGGUUGGUAGAUGCGCAGUACCUAACCGUCCUUGAAGGAUUGUUUCCUGCAUGGUAAUUAAUUCGGCUGCCUAGAGCUGCGGUCGCACUUCCAAACAGCUUAUAAGAAAAACGGAGAGCGGAUAGGAUUCUCCCAGCUACAACCUCUUUCAUUCAAGACUUCAAUGUGAAUGAUACCUAAUCAGCACUUAAUCGGCACAAGAAUUACUCACCUACAUAGGUCAGGGACUAAUAGCUGGUGCUUACCUACCUAGAUAUGCAUUUCUAAAUCUAGGUACCACAUAAAAAGACAGGCACCUAGCCGACGGACUUGCCGCCAUGGCGCCUCUCACAACCGAGCCCGAUGCCCUCCGGGUGGUGCUGAAUCCCGCGCGUCGCCGGGCCUACUACAACCUCGUCAAGGAAAUCAUCGGGUACAUGCGCUCGCAAAUAGAGCUACCUCACGACAGUCCCCUCAGCUCCCCCACUUCUUCGCACGUCCGGUCUCCGCCCGCGUACUCGGAGACAUCGCCGAGCCCGGCUCUAAUCAGACUGCGGCGGGCGGCGCUGCUGCACUUCGACUCGUGGCGCGACGAGACGCUGGGGAAGCUGCGGGAGGUAUUGUCGAAGCCCGACGACCAGGGCGUUGUGGACGCCAGGCGCAAGCGCGGGGAUAGGCUCCGGGAUGUGCCGCGGGACGGGGAGGAUCUUCUUAGCUUUGGCGAUGAGAACGGCAGCAACAACAACAAUAGCAAUAACAGCAACAGUUACUCCUCUACACCCGCCCUACCCCCUCGAACCCCUUCCACCACCACCACCACAACAACCGGCCCCACCGCCCUCCCCACCUUCCAACACCUCUACCACCCUCUCCCGACCCGCCUCUCCACCACCCCCCCGGCCGACCGCAAGGAAACCCUCAGCGCAACCCUGCUCCUCCUCCUCUCCGCGGGCAGCUACUCCGCCUACUCGCGAACACUAAUCUGCCACAUCUGCUCCGCGCUCGAGCUGCCGCCCGCGUUUCUGGACGCGGAGGAGACGGAGGUCGCGACGACGAUGAUCGAGACGGCGCGGAAGGCGGCGGCGGCGGAGGCGUUUGCGGGGGCUGCGAGGGGGGAGGGGGGUAGUGGGAGUAAUGGUGGUAGUAGUAGUGGUGGUGGUAGUAAAAACACACCAACCCCGCACCCCCUGACGCCCUCGCGCCUCUGGAAAGUCGGCCUGGCCUCCGUCGCGGGCGCCGCCCUCAUCGGGGUCACGGGCGGGCUUGCGGCGCCCGCCGUCGCGGGGGUUAUCGGGGGCCUGAUGGGGACGGUCGGGCUCGGUGGGCUGGCGAGCUUUCUGGGCAUCUUUUGGAUGAACGGGGCGCUGGUGGGCACGCUGUUCGGCGCGUUUGGGGCCAGGAUGACGGGCAGGAUGGUCGAUCGGUAUGCGAAGGAGGUCGAGGAUUUCAGGUUUGUGCCGUUGGGGGAGGAGUGGGGGAGGGGGUUUGUGAGGGGUGGUGAUGGUGAUGGUGAUGGUGGUGAUGGGAGUGGGAGUGGUAGUGGUAGUGGCAGCGCGCGCAGCAGGCGCCUGCGCGUCACAAUCGGCAUCAACGGGUGGCUCGCAACCGAGUCCGACGUGACCAAGCCGUGGCGUGCGCUCGGCGACGAGACCGAAGCCUUCGCACUGCGCUACGAGAUGAAGAGCCUGCUCGCGCUCGGGGCGCAGCUCCACGGCUUCGUCGCCGCGACCGCGUGGAGCGCCGUGCGCGCCGAGAUCCUGCAGCGCACCGUCCUGGCCACGCUGCAGGGCGCGCUCUGGCCCCUCUUCCUCCUCUCCUCCGCCGCGAGCCUCGACAACCCGUUCAGCCUCGCGCGCAACCGCUCCGAGAAGGCCGGCAAGAUCCUCGCCGACGCGCUGAUCGACAGGGUGCAGGGCGAGCGGCCGGUGACGCUGAUCGGGUACUCGCUGGGCGCGCGCGUCGUCUACUCGUGCCUGCGGGUGCUGGCGGAGCGGAAGGCGUUCGGGCUGGUGGACACGGCGGUGCUGAUCGGGGCGCCGGUGCCGUCGAGCGCGGCGCACUGGGCAAUGAUGCGGACGGUGGUCUCCGGCAGGCUGUUCAACGUGUACAGCGAGAACGACUACAUCCUCGGGUUCCUGUACCGCGCCACGAGCAUGCAGCUGGGGAUCGCGGGCCUGCAGCCGAUCGCCGGCGACGUCGGCAUCGAGAACGUGGACCUCAGCAACGAGGUCACGGGACACCUGCGGUACCCCGGGCUCACGGCCAAGAUCCUCGCGCGGUGCGGGUUCCCCGAUGUGAAGGGGGGCGCGGGGGCCAUCGAGAAGGACGACGGGAAGAUCGAGAUCGAGCUGCGCGAUAGGGACUGGGCUGAGUCCGGGAACUUGAUCGAUGUUGAAGAUGACGACAAGAAGAAGCCGCCGCAGCCGUCCAGACACCGGUUGCGGGAUAUGCAGAACGAGAAGUUCGACCCGAGCGUGAAGAACGUCCUGGAGCAGAAGAGCGAUGUGAAGGUGAGGGAUGCGAAGUUAGGGGGCGCAAGGGAUGUCAAAGAGCAUGAUGGCCAGUUGACUAUGACCACGUCUAUGCCAAACCUCGACUCCCGAACUAGUCCUAAGACGGAGGCCGCUACUGCGCCGUCUAGGUCCGCCAGUACGAGUAACAUGGAAGUCCCGCCUCCGCCUGCAUAUUCUGUAUUCGCGGCCACUAGCCACGGGAAUGAUGAUAAUGACGACGACUACGCUUAUGAUUCGGAAGAGGGAGGUGGCGGGAUUACGAUGAUUAAUAACGAUUCGGAUGGGGAGGAGCUGACUUUUGUAGAGCCUAUACGUAUUGAAGACGAUUGAAUGAUGGCUCCUUGAAUACAUACAGCCUGUAUAAGUUCCUGUAUAAGUUGGUAUAAGUUGUAUACCAACGGUGGAACCGUCAUGUUCAUAGUCGUUGGGUACAUGGUAUCAUUCAUAGUGCCUCGCCCCCUUUUUACAAUUAUAUACCCUCAUUACCUAACAUUGAAGAUAGUACCCCCAUACCUCCAUUAUGUACCUCCAUAGUUAGGGGUUAGUAAAAUGUUAGGUAACGUAGGACUACAUGCCUCUAAGCUAGUAACAUAUCU